UCGAGAUAGUAGCAGUCUUUCCGUCGUCCAUAUUCUAACCGUGAUCUAACUGCGGAGCUGUAUGGAAGCAGCUAACGAAUUUAUUUGUGAAUUAAUUGAGAAAUUGAUAAUUUUCACCAUUUAGUCAUGGCUCGUAAUAUUCAAAGUUUAUUGAGAACUACUUUAAAUGUGUUCAACAAGAGUAUUACACAAAAUAUUUGUGUCAGUGGUACAAGAACACUGUACGCAGCUACAGUGUUAGGGUUGGACAGUUAUCAAAAACAACGUCAGAAUGUUGAGCAGCAAUUUCUUAGCAUGAGCGAUAAAUUCCGUGAGAAAAUGGUAUCCUUUGUUGAUGGGGAGUCGAAGAACAUGGUAUUCACAGAAGAUCUGAAGAAUAUGUUACAUUUAGCAAACGAUAAUCCGACUGACUUGGAACUGCUGUCGAAAAUGUUAAUCAAAUUUAACAAACAGAAUAAGGAAUUGAGAUUUGGCUCAUUUGUAUUUGGACCCGUCGUUAUGCGUACUUAUUAUUACUUAGACAAAACCGAUGAAGCGUUGGCUGCCUUCAAUAAUCCUGAAUUGGAAGGAUUUUUCAAUCAAGUAGUCAGCUGUCAGAUCCUAAUGGAUUUGUUGUACAAUCAUGGAAGAUAUGCUGAAAUCAGACAAGUAUUUGAUACUAUUGAGUCCAAGAACAUCCUGGGUACUAGUUUCCCAAAAGAUGUUGUCGUCUUAGUUUUUGCAGCGUGUUACAAAGAGAACUCCACCGAGAGUUUUGAGUAUGCUUUGAACUGUUAUCAAAAAUUAAAAAUGAGGGGUAACUACCUAGUCCGUAGAGCUGCCACAUUCUUUGCAGGACUUGCCUUGAAACAAGGAAGACCCGAAAUCACAGCAGAGGUUAUGUUUAAUGAAAAACAAUUCAAUUAUGUCUCGGUCAGACUCCUCAAGGUUGCAGCUCUGUCGGAUCUUGACAGGCUCGACGAUGUAUUGCCAAUACUGAGAAAUUCCCUGAGUAAUGACCGCAUAUCUCAGGUCAAGCAUCUUUACCCGAUAGAAGUGUUGGAUAAAGUUCAGAAAGCCAUCGAGAGAGCACAGUUAGAUGAGAAUGAUCCCAUGGUGACUGUACUCAGGCAAUUAAAGUCAAACGAUCACAUCGAAACAAAAACAUUGGAUGACGUUCUUUGUACGACAAUAAUUGGUCGCAUUAAGGAUCAAGGGCAGUACAAAACUCCUGCAAAUUUCAGAACUAGAGCAUAUAACCCAAGUGAAAGAACACGUAGACCAUACAACGAAUAUCAACGGACUGGUUUGAAAGACCUAGUUUAGAAGUGGAACGGAACUUGGAGCAUAAAACAUUACAAUUCGUGUAAUUAGUGACGACAUAAUAUAAAAAUCACAAUCGAAUGUAAACCUUAUGCAAUACAAGUCGUUAGUAACUCAUA